AUGAGCUCAAAAGAAAAAAGCAAGCAUCAUCACGAUCGCAGUGAUAAAGAACAUAAGGAAAAGGAUCGUAAGGAUAAGGAUUCCAAGAAAGAAAAGAAAUCAAAGAAGGGAGACGAUGAAUCAAAGGCUCAAGAACCAAUGCCACAAUGGGCACAGUUGCCAGUAAAUAAAAAUGAUGAUCCUUUCCGCGAUGACUUUGAAGUCGAAAUCAAGUUCAAAGAGUAG